CCGAGUCGAGUCGCCACGCUGCAGCAGCAGAUUGCAUUGCAUUGCACCGCCCCACCAGCCCCCUCCACUUUCCCCAAAGUCUUCUCCACUACCAUCGUCUCCAUCCCGCCGCGCGCCAUAAGUAGCUAGCUGCCGCGCGCCAUAGAUAGAUACUCCUACUCCACAAGCAUCCCUCUCGAAGUCGCCCACUUCGAUUUCUCCCAGACUUGACACUCCUCGUCCCAAACCCAAUUCCAACUCCCCAAAGCAGCACCCUUUCCGAUCCUUUUCUUUCCCAGCAAGUAGCUAGCCAGAGCGCCGCCGCCGCCAUGGCCACCAAGCCCGGUGUUUCCGCCGCAGUCCUGCCCCUCGUCCUGCUCCUCGCCCUGUCGGCAACGGCGGUCGCCCACAACGGCCGCCACCCCGACGACGACGACAACAACAACAACAACCCCGGUGGCGACCCGGGCGCCUUCUUCGCCGGGAUGCCGUGGUUCGGCGGCGCGCGGCCCGGCGGGGGACCAGGCGGCGGGUUCUUCGGCGGGUGGGGCGAGGGCGGCGGGCUCGGGUACCGUCGCGGCGCGGUGGUGCCGCCGUCCACGGUGUGCCCGCAGGACGGGCCGUGCCGCGGGAAGCGCCUCACCUGCCCGCAGCGCUGCUUCCGGACCUCCAGCUACGGCGGCAAGCACGGCGGCGGCGGGGGCGGCGGCGGAGGCUGCAGCUUCGACUGCACCAAACGCUGCGCCGCCACCUGCUGAAUCUCUGAGCGCAUAUGGGUCCUGAUGGUUUGCAAAGGAUGGCGUGGCCGCCCUAGUUAAAUUAGCUAGCUAGCUAGCUGAACGCGAAGCUCAUAUACUACUUUACUCCUCGAUCUACUACUGGCAUGCAGUGUGCGGUGCUCGGCUAAUACCACCAUAUGGAUUAUUAUUAUUACUAAUAGUAGUAUCGACAUAGUUGUUGGUUUCUUUGCUCUUGUGAUCGAUUGUGAUGAGACCAUAUAUGCAUGUGUGUCUGUAAAUUUGAUGUCUGUCUGUCGGACUUUUUUGAUCAAUAAUAAGAGGAGAUGAAUAAAGGGUUUAGUUCGCAAA